CCCACCGCCAUCCCUUUGCCCAAAGUGGGAGAAAUGGAUUUAAAGGGCCCCGGCUAGAUCGAUCCCUUCCCCAGACCUGAGCGACAAGCUCCUCGCGGCAAAUGUUUCCUACCCACCGUGGCCACCUUAGGUAACGUAAGUCCGGUGCGAAGGACAGCCCUGUGUUCUUGUGCACGCUGCCGCUCCCUACCCGUCAGGCCCUCCCCCAGCCCUCGCUAUGAAGGUUUGCAGCCUCGUCUGAAAGCAGCAGGAGGACCAUGUUGAGGCAACAACGCCCAGGUGAGGUGCAGCUGGGGACAGCCCUGUAUGAGCUGGUUGGCUACAGGCAGCCCUCCUCCACCUUGCUCACUAAGCAAGUGCAUGACAAGCCGGAGCCUGCCCCUGAGCAACAGCAGGGGUUGGGCAGCGCCAGAAGCGGCGGCAGCAAGACUGAGCAGAAAAAGGAGCAGCAGCAGCUGAGGCGGAAGAUCAACAGCCGGGAGAGGAAGAGGAUGCAGGACCUGAACCUGGCCAUGGACGCGCUGCGGGAGGUGAUCAUGCCCUACUCUGCAGCCCACUGCCAGAGCUCCCCGGGCAGGAAGCUCUCCAAGAUCGCCACGCUGCUCCUGGCCAGGAACUACAUCCUCUUGCUGGGCAGCUCGCUGCAGGAGCUCAGGCGGAUCAUUGGGGAGAUGAGUGGCUCCGGGCCCAGGGUGCUGCUGGCCGGGCUGCCCCUUUUCGCCGCGCCGGGCUCUGUGCUGCUCACCCCGGGGAACUUGAACCACCCGGACAGCCUGCGGUCCGCCAACAAAUACCUCUCGCUGUCCCUGGAGGAGCAGCAGUGCAGCCAGCUGCAUUUGGCCGGGGGAGCCAGCCUGUGCACCUGCGCGAUCUGCAAGUUCCCUCACUUCAUCCCCUCCAGCCUCAGCCUCGCCGCCGUGCAGAGCCAGUUCUCCAAGUGAUCGCAGGCGCGGGGCGGCGGGACUCGGGGAGCGGGGUGGGGUGCCAGGCCGGGGACUGCAAGCUCCGGGCUCAGGAGCGCUGGGGUUUUCGGUGCGCUCCGGGCGGCUGGAAGGAACGCGGGCCCGGGCUCCUGGCUGUCUUUUGGGGAAGGGCCGCUGCGGGCAGCUGAGCAACGCUGUGCGGCUCGGGUCCGGUGUGUUCCUGAAGGCGCGUGUUUGCAAGGGCCUGUUUUCAAAGCAGAACCGAGACGGCUGCAGAGCGAACUCCCAGCCCCUUGGCGGGGCGAACCCGCGCUGGGCACAGCUCUCCCACAAGCUGCAGGCCUGGCUGAGUCACGCUGCUGGCGAUUCAGCUGGGGUGUGCCAGCCCUGGCCUUGCCGUCGCUGUCUCAGCCAUUGCCCGGGGACCCCCUGCAUGCGUUCCACAGGUGAAAGGGGAGGAGAGGCCAAAAUCAUUGUGACACUUAAGUCGAAGACAUGGAAAAUAAUGCCUAAAAGAUCCGUUUAAUGGAGCAUCUUCUACAAUGUUUUAUUUAGCUAGGAGAGUAUCUAAUUACUGUAGAUGGACCCGCACCCUGGCUUACUGAGCUACCAUUCAGGGUAAUAAAGUAACAGGUCUUAAACAACAUGUAGAGUUAAAGGUAUGUACUAGGCAGUGAUUUAAAGGAGACAUUACUUUUUGUAUGCCGUAAUUUUCUCUUUCAGUGACCUAAGCAGAAUCCAAUUUGUUACCUACUUGCGAUCAUUUAGAAUCCUAGAAAUGUAGGACUGGAAGGGACCUCCAUCUUUAGGAAUCUGAAUUUUUAGAACUGAAUCAAGGUUUGUUUGUUCGUUUUUUAGUCUUGUUGGGGGAGCAGCUUAUUAUAUUUUUAGAUUGGUUUAACCACCAAUCUAGAAAUUUGAGUGUUGCUUGCAAACAAAAUGCCACCUUGAACACAAAUAAGUACCAUAGUUUACUAAAAAGGAGAAUGCAUUCCUGGCGAUAUGCAUUACUCAGAUAAGAUAAUCAAUUAACUUGAUCUAAUAGAGGAAAAUAAGGUAGGACCCCUAUUUUAGGAAAGCAAAAGUUGCCCCCCCACAUACUGUGUUAAUCCACAUGAUGCUUUCAGAGGCAGCGUUAUUAUUGCAGAUGUCUAAGAGUAGACAAGGUCAAUUCUGAAACAUUUUUAAAUAAAGAUUUUUGAAAAAAUACAGAAAGCAGAGUGUUUCUUCAUAGCCAGCCUGUACAUUAGUUAAAAGACACUGCAAAGAACAUGCAUCCUCAACAUGUGUACUAAUACAAGUGAAAUAUACAUUUAAAAGCAAUGUUUAUGAUGGUUUUUUUUGCACUCUUUUCUGGGAAUGGGUUUUGUUGCUGUGUAGCUUAUUUUAAUAGCAUUUUUUAACUGUAGUGUUUUAUCACUGUAUGACCCUUUUACUUGGAACUGUACAGUCAUAAUAAAACUCUCAAUUUCCCUGCA